AUGGGGUCAGAAAUCAGUCCUAUUCUAGCAUUAUACGUUAUGGAUGAUCUACUUGAUAACAGCAUAAGUAAACUGAAGUUCAGAAUACCCUUUAUCAAAAAAUUCGUCGAUGACAUUGUCUUGGCCUUGCCUGAAGAUCAGAUUGAAGACACAAUGAGAUGCUUCAACUCCUACUGUAAAGACCUGCAGUUUACUAUUGAGAUGGAAGAUCAGGAGCAAGGAGUUCCUUUUCUCGACACAAAAGUACACCGACAGAACAAUAUCAUUAAGUUAAAUUGGUAUAGAAAAAAUACCUCAGCAAACAAGUUUAUAAAUUAUCACUCUGACCAUAAUAUGAAUAUAAAAAUCAAUUUUAUUAAGGGAAUGAAAGAGAGAAUCAUCAAAAUAUGCCAUGAAACCUUCAAACAAAAUGCAUUGAAAACAUUAUUCGAGAUCCUAAGGCAAAAUUCAUAUCCAGCUGUUUUGUUAAAUAAACUUAUAUAUGCGUCGGAGACAACACCCCAGCCUGAUGUACAACAGCAAGAACAAAAGGACACAGAAGAGAAGCUUUAUGCAUCCCUCCCUAAUAUUAAAGAACUGACUUCCAAGAUAAAAUCUAUUUUCAAAGACGAAAAGGUACUUCUGACAACAUACAAUAAAAAAACAGUGAAAUCACUAUAUAGCACUCUCAAGGAUCCAAUACCAACAGAAUUAAAGAGCAAUGUGGUCUAUCAGCUGGGCUGUCGGGAUUGUCGGGGUGUGUAUGUUGGCCAGACAUCCCAAUGGGUUAAAAGCAGAAUAUCCCUGCACAGAUCAGACAUCAGAAGAAACAAGGAUCGAUGUGCACUGGCAAUACAUGCUAAUAACUUGGACCAUCAAAUUGAUCUUGAAAACGUAAAAAUACUCAAAAUAGAAAAAAAUUAUCACAAAAGAUUAAUACAUGAAAUGAUAGAAAUCAAAAAGGGUGAAUACACUAUAAACAAGAAAUCGGACAUACAAAAACUCAGCAAUAUUUACAGCUAUUUACUUGAAAAAGAAAAAGAAAAUGAAUUCUAUGACGGUCCAUUGGAUGAGUGACAGGAUAGUGACACGUCGACUCAACUUGUCAUCGUUAUAUUUUAACAUGAAAAACAAAUAAUUAAUCAUAGUACAUCACAGUGAAAUAUUGGAUAUUUGGAUGUUACUUUUGUAUGUGUGUGUCAAAGACAUUCCUGUACGCGACCUUGUAUGUUUCGUUGGACGAAAUUCUCAAUGUGUUUUAUUAAAAAAAUCUCGUUUUCGAAACCCUGAGGAUGCAAUAAAUUAAUUGCGAAAGCUCGGUAAAGAAAAAAGAGUUCACAUUUAUUACAUCAGAUACCUGAGUCACUACACCCUUAACCUAGCAGUAUUAAAAAGAAAAGGCUCUUAGUUCUGUUAACUUAAUAAUAAUGGGAUUUUAUAAUGGUAUCAGCGACAGAUAUGGACCCGAAACAACAAAACAAUUGAAGAUAUGGAGUUCUAGCAACAACAAGUUAGCAGCAGCUCGAAACAGGAGAAUAUUUUUACUUGAAUGUAAAAGGCAGGAUUUGGUACCAGGACACAUUGUGUCGAAUAUGAAAAAUGUGAUGGGUUUGUUCGAUUAUGGUAAUAGAAGAUUAAACAACAAAAUUAAGGAUUUCAACGACAAAACGAUCAGAAAAAUAAUUAAUUUAGAGAUCAUUCAAGUGAACUACAAAAUAACCCGGCUGGAGAAUAACAUUAAGAAAAUUCGGGAUACUCUGCAGCACCUACCUGAACAAAUAAUAACAGAGUAUAGCUAUAGGAUGCACAUUGCCUAUAAUAAGAAUUUUCACAAGAUCAAACGUGAAAAUUUGAAGAAGAUCGAUGAUCUGUGUAGAAAAAAACGAAAUCAGAUAGAUAUUCAAGAAAAAUGGCUGAAGAACUUGUCGAAUAAAACCCUUCCAGAAACAGUACGAAAUAUUUUAUCACUCGGAUCUAAAUUCAGUAUACCAACUACGAAAAAAGACAUAAAAGUGGAUAGUCUUAUAGCUGACUUAGAAUAUGUUCUACUAGGAGUGACUGAAGACAGAAGAGAUGUACUCAGAGCACAAGCGACGAAUACGAUCACUAACUUCACCCAUGGAAACAACAACAGGAGCUCCUCAAUACAAAAAUGGUACAAAGAUGCGAAGAAAUUCUUGAAGGACAACGAUGA